CCAACAGACCUAAAACAUACUUCCCCUCCCUCUGCCCCAUUCACUUGCUCUCCUUUUUCAUCUGUUUAUUUUCAGUGGAAAAGUUGGACAUAACCUCACGAUUACAGGUGCUGGUUGUAGCAUCCAUAAUUUAUGGUGUCACAGAUGUUUGGUCUAUGAAGGUCUGUGUGUGGAAACUAAAUCUUGUGUUCAUAUGUAUUUAGAAGUGGUUUUAUAUUCACAUAAGUUGCAUUGUUUGUUGAGCAAGCAAAGGAAUUGCGCAAACAUUGUGCGCUAAGCCCUACUGAGAUAAAACUGCAAUGGGUCACUCCAGCAACUCUCACUUCUCAAGUAGAUGAGAAAAUCAAAUACUGAAAAUACAGAUUUUUACUGGAACUACAGUUUACCACAUUUAGUUUAUAGAAUCAAAAAGCCUCUCACUCAGCAUUUUCAGCUUGUGGAAGAACAGUGGAGAUGUAUUCUCUUCUUAAGCCACCCAUGUUACAUCGUUUCAUAUCUCUGCGGCUCAUGAGUGUUGCUACCCCUCAGUCCCUGGCAACCAAACGUGCUGGUCGUGACCUCUGUAACCCCAGUCCACCUGCCUUCCUGACCUUUGAGGACCCACAAGCUUUCAAGGUGAAGAGUUUCUGGGAGCUGAUGCGAGCCCUUGGAGUCUUCAGGCUUUGCUCCUUCCCUGUGCUGGUUAACAACUGUGGCAAGUUGAUGACCUUUGCAAGGAUGUUUUUGGGUAAGCGGGGUUUCUCAAUGGUCCUGCGUCCAUCUGUCUACACUCAGUUUGUUGCCGGGGAAACAGAAGGUGAGAUAGCAGAGUCUAUGCAAAAGAUGAAUUCUCUAGGGCUCCACCCCAUGCUGGCCGUCCCCAUCGAAGAGGACCUGGGAGAGAGCAGUGGGGAACGUAGAUACGAAGACAACCUGGCGACCAUGUUGGAGUGUGUACACAUGUCUCACAGUAAUGGCUGGAGUAAGAAUCCAAUGAUGCAGCUGAAGAUCACAGCUCUAGUCAGUCCUGAGCUGUGUGUUAAGCUGACCUCUCUGCUAAAGACUGAACAAUAUGAUCUGAACUUGCUUGUCAAAGCAAUGGAGGGAGAGGAAAUCAUGUUUUCUGGCCUAACAGCGAGUGAAAACACACACUUCCUAUGCAGCCUUCGGAGACUCAACAAAAUAGGAGAGGCCAGUGCUAGUAAAGUCCGUGUUUUGGUGGAUGCUGAGUAUACUUACAUGAACCCUGCACUGUCACUCAUUACCAUGGCGAUGAUGAAGAAAUUCAAUCAAAAAAGUGCCUGGAUCUGGAACACAUAUCAGUGCUACCUUAAGGAAUCAAGGAACUUGUUGCUUGAUGCCAUUCAGACAUCCAUUGAUGAGUCUUUCUGCCUUGGUGUUAAGCUCGUCAGAGGGGCUUACAUGGAUAAAGAGAGGAAACUGGCAGAGAAGGAGGAGCGGACAGAUCCAAUCCAUGAAUCAUGGGAGCAUACUAAUAACAGUUAUAAUGGAUGUCUUGAGAUCAUGCUGAACCUCAUUUCUGAGAAACCUGAACGCUACAUGAUUAUUGUUGCCACUCACAAUGAAGAAUCAGUCAGACGGGCAGUGACAAGAAUGGAACAAUUAGGCAUUGGCAGAGACGGUAGCUCUGUCUGUUUUGGCCAGCUGCUGGGAAUGUGUGACCAUGUAUCACUAACUCUAGCUCAGCAUGGUUUCUCAGUGUAUAAGUCAGUGCCAUACGGCUCAGUGGACGACACGUUGCCAUAUCUGGUGCGCAGAGCUCAGGAGAACCGCACUGUACUCCAGGGCAUCCGCAAGGAGAGAGACCUGCUGAGACAAGAGCUCCGCCGCAGAGUCAGAGAGAAGAUCACAGGGGCCAGAGAGAGAGAGAGCAGAUGAGAGAAAACAUUGUCAGUGCAAUAGGUCAAGAGUAAAUUGUUUAUACAUACAUUACUUAAACGGUGGUCAUGUUUGAAGAGGAAAAAAUAAAUAAUAUAUAUAUUUCAGUAAUUGGUACCGAUACCAGUGAAAUUUUACAGUUCUCGAUACCAAUUUUGGUACCACAGCAAAAAUAUGCUAAUAUGAUAAUAAGUAAUUAAACACACCCGUUUAACCUAUUUAAAAAGUUACAUUUCAAUGUAAAUAAUAAAUUAAAAGAAAUGCAUGUUUCCUUCAAGUGUUUCUCAGUCAAGGAUGCAUUGCUGAAGUGUUUUUAAGUAGCGCCCUACUGAUAACGGUUUUAUUCUUUACCAAAUCAUGUUUUCCUUUUUGUUAUUAUUAUUAUUAUUUUCCAGAACUCCAUGUUUUAGUUUAAUUUCAUUUAAUCAUCAAAAUGGUGUCCAAUCAGUUAAUUUUUCAACAUGUCAUUGCAUUUUAUUUGGCCAAACUUUUAUUCAACAGCAGUCUUGCUUGUGAUAUUUUGAUUAAUUAUAAUUAUUACAGUGAAUAUUACAUUUUACUAUACAGCUGUAAUAUAUUUUUAUUCAAUUUCUUCAAUUUCAGGCAUCUAGAUUUUAUUUUCAAUCGUUGUUUUAUUAUGACGAGUGUUUUUUGCCGGAAGCUUCACUUUCCCGGAUAAACAGUUUGCGACACAUUUGAGUCACAUCUGAAAUCUCAUCUCUUUACAUUGGCCUUUGAGUCUGACAAAUGAAAUGUAGGACACAGUUUUGGAGUGUUUUAGACUACUGGUGUUUGUGUAUGUGGUAAUUUUGAAAUGUGUUUUAAAUUUUAUUACUGUGAAGCGCUUUGGUCAACUCUGUUGGUUUAAAUGCGAUAUAAAUAAAGUUGAGAUUAAAGAGCAAA